AUGGUUAACGAGAGGCCCAGGCAGUUUGGCGGUCCAUCCCGCUACGCGUCAGCACCUCGGUCGCAAGCAACAGGAACAACUGUUUCUGCGUCACCAGCUGCUUCCAGAGCGGCAAGACUGGGGCUCGGGCUGGGUAAGGGCGCCGGCGGUAUAGGGAAAGGAAAUGGGUUAGGAAAAGGCGGACUUAAGCGUCACAUGAAAAUUCGGAAAGACAACAUAUACGGGAUUUCGAAGAACGAUAUACGUCGGUUAGCUCGCCGUGGCGGAGUGAAGCGCAUUUCGGCAACAACAUAUGAUGAUAUCCGUCAAGCUCUCAAGGAGAGGCUGCACCGGAUAUUGAAAGAUGUAUGCGCCAUCUUGGACUCAAGUGGGCGCCAAACUGUUACGGUCACUGACAUCGUCUUCACCCUUCGACGACUUGGCAAUCCCAUCUACGGUUUCGAGCCCGCCUUCUUGAAUGUUCGCUAA